UUUUCGAUAUAAAUAACCCAGAGACUUAAAAAUGGCAAAAAAAAGAUAAAUUCGAAUCUCGUCUUCGCGGCCGCCGCAGCAGCGCUCGAUGCAAUCUUUGCAGGAGAAGGCGUCGGAAUGGAGUGGCGUUGCACCCGGCGACGCCUUCGCCAUCGACGACACCAACCUCUUCGAAACCCUUGGUGGUAUCCAGCCUUUCAUCGAUCUCUCCACCAACUUCUACAACCGAGUUUAUGAGGAUGAGGAGGAGUGGUUUAGAUCCAUCUUUGCUAAUUCCAGGAAGGAAGACGCGAUUCAGAACCAGUAUGAGUUCUUCGUGCAGAGGAUGGGUGGACCGCCGCUCUAUUCGCAGAGGAAAGGCCAUCCGGCAUUGAUUGCUCGUCAUCGGCCAUUUCCUGUCACACAUGAAGCAGCAGAGAGGUGGUUACACCACAUGCACCAAGCAUUAGAUAGCACCCAGAAUAUUGGCCCUGAAUCAAAAACCAAGAUGAUGAACUUCUUCAGGCACACUGCAUUCUUUCUCGUAGCUGGAAAUGAGAUGACCAAGCAAGCACAACCUCCCUGUAAACAUGCGGCAAGUAAAUCAGCUGCAGUUUCAGAUGAUUGAUUAUUGAAAUUUGGAAUUUAUAAUUAAAGUUCAUAUUCAUGAUUUAGAGAUACAGAGUUAACUGCUGCUUCUAUUGUAUACAUUCAAUGGAUAAAGAAAAAAUAUAGUAACAUGCAUAUGUGUAAGUUGCAGCAGAAUUGUGCUUUCGUAACACACUCAGCAGCUGCAAUAACUGUAUUUUGCAUGUCCCAGCCGCAAUAACUGUAUUUUGCAUGUCCCUAUUCUACUUAACGGUAUGAAUUUUUUCCUUCACUUUUUGAUACAACAAACAUCUGAUUGAAUUAUGUCUGAAGCAUUUGGUUUUAUAUCAA